AUGGUAGUUCCUCUCAAACAGCCUAUUGUGUUUGAGCUGGUGGGAUUCUACGUACCACCAGGCUACGGCGCCUUCUUGUUCUUCCUUGCUCUGUGUAACUACAUGGUGAUGCUGUUGGCGAAUGGUGUGGUGCUGUGCGUCAUUGUCAUGGACAAGAACCUGCACAAACCCAUGUUUGUAAUGGUUUCCAACCUGGUAGUCUGUGAUCUGCUGGGGGCUACGGCUAUGCUGCCUCGCCUCAUGAUGCACUUCUUGACGGGCGAGAAGAAGAUCACCUACAUCCUGGCCAUCGCACAGGCCUUUUCAAUGCACACGUACGGCUUUGCACUGCAGACUAUACUGGGUGUGAUGGCCUAUGACAGGUACAUUGCUGUGUGUGAACCACUCAGGUAUCACACCAUAAUGACAUCGGCUCGACUGUACUCCUGCUGCGCCCUGGCCUGGGUCGUCGCUCUGCUGUGUAUUGCUGUGCUCUUUGCUUUUCAUGUGAAUGUCCCGCUGUGUGGCAAUACCAUCCAGCACGUCUACUGCAGCAACCGUGCUAUCCUGAGCCUGGCCUGCAUUCCCACCCCCAUAAACAACAUCUAUGGUCUGUCCAUGACCUGGUUUUUGAAUACAAGCAUCUUCCUCAUCAUUGCUUUUUCCUACUUCAGAAUCCUGCAUGCUUCUGUAAAACAAGGCAGGACUGACAGCUCUGUCCGCAGUAAGGCCUUUCAGACGUGUGCAUCGCACCUUGUUGUGUAUGUGCUCUACCAAAUAGCUUCAGUGGUCAUAAUUGUGAGUCAAAGGUUCCCCUCACUCUCGCAAAAUAUCAGGAAGUUCUUCAGCAUCCUGUUUAUCAUCAUUCCACCAGCCAUCAACCCCAUUAUCUAUGGACUGGUCAGUAAAGAGUUACGUGCUAGCAUCAUCAAGCAUUUGUACCAAUUUAGAAGUCUGUCACAGAAAAUGAGAGGGGUUUAA